AUGCUCCAUCAUGCCAAGUUGGACAAGUGCUUCUGGGCUGAAGCGGCAAUGACGGCCGUCUAUGUGAAGAACCGUUUGCCGUCACCCAAGAUUCCACACAAGACACCGUUCGAGAUUGUCUACAAUUCUAAGCCAAGUGUCAAGCACAUGCGCGUUUUUGGGUGCCAAGCAUACAUCUUGACCCCGAAGGAGAAACGACUCAAGUGGGAUCCCAAGGCCCGGGCUGGAUUGUUUUUGGGCUACGAAGAAGUGUCCAAGGCGUAUCGAGUUUACGACAUCGAAGCGGGGCAGGUGAUGAUAAGUCGCGAUGUCAACUUCGAUGAGUCGGCCUUUGGAAUGUCGAUGCUGAUUUCCGAUGACGAUGUUGAUGGCCUGGACUUCGAAUCGAUCGAUCUUGAUGAUGAAGAACCGCGUCCGAGACACUUCAAACAAACAGGAAAGCGCAAGGCCCAACCCAGUCACGACAAUGACGACGCAAGCAUGCCCCGAGCAGUGCGCCAACGACCCGGAUUGGAAGAGUCAAGUGCGCCGGAUGACCUCUCUUCACGUCGAGCCAACGAAGAUGAAGAAAGGAAGUCGGAGGAACAACAUGACACACCGACUUCCUCCGCGUUUUGGCAUGCGAGUGCAAACGCCGUCGAAGCAGCGGUCGAUUUUUCGGAGCCGUCGACAUUUGAAGAAGCAGUGUCUGGCCCGGACCAAGUACACUGGCGCAAGGCAAUUGAUGCGGAGCUCGAUUCGAUGAAGCUUCGCGGUGUCUUUCGUGCGGCCAAGUUACCCAACGGACAAAGCGCCAUUGGCACAAAGUGGGUCUUCAAGAUCAAGCGCAAGGCGGAUGGGUCGAUCGAGAAAUACAAGGCACGACUUGUGGCCAAGGGUUUUCGCCAAAAGUAUGGCAUCGACUACACGGAGACGUUCUCGCCCGUGGUCAAGUAUGUGACGCUGCGAAUGGUCAUCGCCAUUACCAAGCACUUUGGAUGGCCCCUCGACCAGCUCGAUGUGGUGACUGCGUUCCUGUAUGGAGUGAUGAAGGAGAAGGUGUUCUGCGCUGUUCCGGAAGGCGUCAAGAUGGAAGGUGAUUUCGACUGUCUCGAGCUGAUCAAGGCGAUCUACGGUCUCAAGCAAGCCUCGCGUGUUUGGAACGAGACCUUCGACGAGUUCAUACGCUCGAUUGGUUUUCAAGCGUCGGGAUUCGAUCCAUGUCUCUACAUCAUGACUUCGGAAGGCCAUUGUGUUUUUGUGCUGGUCUACGUGGACGAUGUCUUGGUGACUGGAAGCUCGCUCGAGAUGAUUGCGCGCACCAAGAACGACCUCAAGACACGCUUCGAGAUGACGGACAGCGGCAAGUGUGCCUUUGUUCUUGGGAUCGAGUUAUUGGACGGUGAAGAUGGCAGCGUGACUAUGUGUCAGCGCCGUUAUGUCGACGAUGUCCUCAAGCGCUUUGGAAUGGAUGAGUGCAAGGCUGUGGCAAGUCCGGUGGACGUCAGCUCUCGACUGGUUCCAAGCAACUCUGCAAGCAAGGUGGAUGUCCCAUUCCGUGAAGCAGUGGGUGCUUUGAUGCAUCUGACGACUGCAACGCGACCGGACAUCGCCUAUGCUGUAAGCUUUGUGUCACGGUUCAUGGAGAAACCCCAAGAAGAACACUGGGUUGCAGUCAAGCGCAUCUUCCGCUACCUACAAGGCACCAAGAUGCAUGGAAUCUGCUACAAGCCAAGUGCGAAGAUCGACUUUCGUGGCUAUUCAGAUGCAGACUGGGCCGAUGACCUUGCUGAUCGCAAAUCGACGUCCGGCUACGUCUUCAUGCUAUUGGGUGCUCCGGUGAGUUGGGGCAGCAAGAAACAGCCAAGUGUGUCACUGUCUACAAGCGAAGCGGAGUACAUCGCGCUCAGCCUGGCGAUCCAAGAAGGCAAGUGGAUCAAUCGCUUGCUGUGCGAGAUCAUGGCGGCUGCAAACGAAGAAGGACCCGAGCUCGUCAUCCGUGAAGACAACCAGUCGUGCAUCAAGAUGACGAAGAAUCCGGUCAACCACGGCCGCGCUAAACACAUCGACAUCAAGUACCAUCACAUCCGUGAUGAAGUCAAGCGCGGCGAAGUGAAGCUUGAAUACUGCGAGACGACGUUGAUGUUGGCGGACAUCAUGACCAAGGCACUUCACGGACCGCGUCACAAGAACUUGACGGCGGCGCUUGGCAUCCGUGCGUGUUCGGAUUGA